GCGAAUAAAAAUCUGUAUGUUCGCAGGAGUAAACCUGGCGGUCUUCAGAGCGGCUUCAGCGACUAUGCUGGCCAGGGGUGGUCGUAGCUUGUCAAGCGGUGGUCUUCCUUGCCAACUAAAGGAUUUGUGCAAGUAAAGAAGUAGAUUCUGUGUGGAAGCUGAGAAGACCGGUUGUCAAGCACAGUGGUGGGCUUUUUUGAAGGCUCUGAACCCCCAGCUUUCAUUUUUAUUUCUGGACGAAAUAAGAAGAAAUCUGAAAGACAAGAGAAGGUGGCAACGAGGGACUCGUGAGCCCUUUCUAUCCUUAUUACCUCCAUUCACAAAACCAUUGCAUUCCAUCAUCACAGCAAUGUAGAGGCAUUCCCGUUUAGAGGAGGACGUGUCCCAUUGACUGCUGAGGCUUAGCACCUCGCUCCAACAGCUAGCCCUUUUCAUUGCAGUACCCCCCUAAACCCCCUCAUCUCACGCUUCUUUCUUUACAUUUGCAAUUUCCUCUGCUCUUCUUUCUUUUCUGUUGUGUUCUUCUACAGUCUUUUCAUACCUCAAAGGGAGCGGGAGGCAUUGCUUUUGGGUUAAAGUGGGUGUCUCAGGACCUGUCAUUGUGUUUGGUUCCGUGACAAAAGGAAGCAAAGCAAGGAGUGAGACACACAGUUUUGCAUAUAACAAAAUCAACUGCAAAUACAAGGAACAGCUGGCAAUCAAUAAAAACAUGAAUUGCGAUGAAAAGAAGAGUUACGGAAACUGAAAGGCACACUCAUGUAGCUGUUUCUUGAAACCAAUACUGUUGCUGCUGAGGGGUAAGAAGCAGUGCUGUGACUGACACUGCCGCGUGGAUUGUGCGGUUGCUGUUGCUAAGCAAAGUCUUUUCACUAAAGUUGGUGGAGCCACACUCUACAGCCAUGAAAGGAAGCUCAGAGGAAAGCAUUGAAAGCGCCAGGCCGUCAAACCUGCAAGCUUUCGCUAACAUAUCCACGCUACAUGGUAUGAGUCACAUAUUUGCUUAUGGGCAUAUGACAUUUCGCCGGUUCCUGUGGACUCUCUCCUUCUUGGGUUCACUUUGCUUAUUGCUACUGGUGUGCAUGGAUCGAGUGUCUUACUACUUCGAGUACCCUCACGUCACCAAGCUGGAUGAGGUGGCGGCCACUAACCUCACCUUUCCAGCAAUUACCUUCUGUAACCUCAAUGAGUUCCGCUUUUCCAAAAUCACCCGGAAUGACCUCUAUCACGUGGGAGAACUUCUAGCCCUCCUCAAUAAUAACUACCAAAUAGCCAACCCACACUUGGCUGAGCCAGAGGUUCUGGCUGCCCUGAAGGAGAAGGCCAACUUCCAAAAUUUCAAGCCCAAACUGUUCAACAUGACUGAUUUCUAUAACCGCACGGGUCAUGACAUCGGUGACAUGUUGCUGCAGUGCACCUUUCGUGGGGAGGAUUGCUACUCAGUCAACUUCAGCACGAUUUACACCCGCUAUGGCAAAUGCUACACUUUCAACUCGGGACUAGAUGGCAACCCACUGUUGACCACCUUGAAAGGAGGCACGGGGAACGGAUUAGAGAUCAUGCUGGACAUUCAGCAGGAUGAAUACCUUCCUGUCUGGGGUGACACAGAUGAGACCUCCUAUGAAGCGGGAAUCAAGGUUCAGAUUCACAGCCAGGACGAGCCGCCCUUCAUUGACCAGCUGGGAUUUGGCGUUGCCCCCGGUUUUCAAACUUUUGUGUCAUGUCAGCAGCAACUGCUUCAGUACCUCCCUCCACCCUGGGGAGACUGCAAGUCGACUCCAAUCGACUCCGAGUACUUCUCCACGUACAGCAUUACUGCCUGCCGCAUUGACUGUGAAACGCGCUAUCUGCUGGAAAACUGCAACUGCAGAAUGGUGCACAUGCCAGGGACCUCCACUGUGUGCACACCUGAACAGUACAAAGAUUGUGCUGACCCAGCCUUAGACUUUUUGGUAGAGAAAGACAACGAUUACUGUGUGUGUCAGACCCCCUGCAACAUGACUCGCUAUGGCAAGGAGCUGUCCAUGGUUAAGAUCCCCAGUAAGGCAUCUGCUAAGUAUCUGGCUAAGAAAUUCAACAAAACUGAGCAGUAUAUUGGAGAAAACAUAUUGGUUUUGGACAUCUUCUUCGAAGCUCUGAAUUACGAGAAGAUAGAGCAGAAGAAGGCCUAUGAAAUUGCGGGGCUUCUCGGUGACAUCGGAGGGCAGAUGGGUCUGUUUAUAGGAGCCAGUGUCUUGACAAUAUUGGAAAUAUUCGACUACCUAUACGAGGUGUUCAAGGACAAAGUUUUGGGGUACUGCAUGCGCAAGAAGCGACCACAGCGCUGUCCGAGUGACAACCUGGACUAUCCAGAGAACCCAAGCAGCCCUGCUGUCACGCCUAAUCAUGCCCCCAGAGCACCUGUGACACCCUCAGGAGUCACUCGGACAGUCUCGGAUUCACGCCGAACAUGUUACCUCGUCACCCGACUUUAGGAAACUUUGAGGAAUUUGCUUGUUGACAACCUGACGUUUUUCUUUUGGGGGGAGAGGGGCCUUUACAGUAAACUGUGAAAUAUUCAUCAGAGAAAAACAAACAAGGUUGAAGUAAGUGUACAGUAGUCUAUCAAUGCCUGAAUAGAAAUAGAAUAUCAUCAGAAAACAACUUCGAAACAGAACUCAGGUUUAAACGCAACAUUAUUCCCGUUUUUCAAAAUGUCACUUUUCAGUCCCGUGUCCAAAAAUGAAGUGCAAGUUGCUACAUGAACAGGAAGUUAGAAACACAUGAGAAAGUAAACUAUAUGGGCUGCGCUGCACAGCCUGCAGCAUCUUCUCCAGAGUGACCUUAGCAGGAGUUGACUGAUUGUUGCCUUUCAGCUUAUAUCCAUCUAGUUAUUCGCGAAACAUCAAGAGAGAAAAAUGGAGUGAUCGUUCACUAGCGUCGUGUUUGCUCAUCUCGCAAGUUUUUUUCUGUUUGAGAUGUUGAGAAAAAUGCUGAACACAUUUCUUUGCCUUUACUUAUCAUUUGUCAAUUGUGUCUUAGCUCACUGAGAGUAAAAGGGCCAUGCCGAAAAAACAACAAAAUGAAAUUUUGAAUUCAUAUGAAGUCAUAUCGUGCAAAUUACGUCCCAUUUUUUAAUGGGAAAAUAGUUGUAAUAUAGAAAAAAGACGUACACAAAAUGUAUGCAUCGGUCUCACCGAGGACUUGUUAUUCUGUAUAUUGGACUUUUCUUAAAGGGAUCCAGGGAUAGAAAGACUUGUAGUUAAAAAAAAAAAAAAAAAAAAAAAAAACUUUAUUAUAAGUUAAUUUGAUAUUGAAACCCCUCUUGAUGUUUUCGUUUUUAUACAAUUUGUAAAAUAAGCUUAACUAGUAGGUCGCCAUUGUUGUUGUCAUCGCAGGGCGGGGACGUCACAUGGUUACGCUGCCGGUGUGGUGCAGAAAAAUGCACCCCCACUGGAGGGCGCGCACACGUCACUCGUACAGCGAUUAGUCAACAAGUUUUCACGACCAUAUCCCAUCCCAAGAGACUCACCCGGGUAUGAGAUGUAUUAGUUAAAGCAGAGUAAAUGUAUUCAUAUGUUAAGUGUGGUGUGAUGAUGAAAACAAAGUCCGCAGAAAACGGCUCCUGUUUCGUCUGUUGAGAAACUGACAGUUUAUUUGGCUGGAAUAAGGUCUAUGGUAAAGCACAAAACAUUUUUCAAUACAUAUUUACAGUAAAAGAAAGUUGUUUCCGUGUCCAUCGAUUGGUAUAGAGAGGGUGUGUUAUUUGAUUGAUAAGAAAAAGCUGUUUUAUUUCGCCAAAGUAAAUACUUUUAACUUGUUCAAAAGUCAUUUCUGUACAUGCUUGAUGACAAUCCAAACAAUAAUAGCGAUCAUAGAAGUAAUUAGCUUCAUUGGUCCGAAAGAAUUUGGAGUCUAAUCGCUCUAUGAGUGAGGGGGUGCAUUUCACGUAGGGGGUGCAUUUUUUGGCACAACACCGGGCUUCCAGAGUGUGACUCUAGCGACAUAAACAUGUGACCUGUUCGACCCUUUCAAUUUGAACCCGAGAGGAACAUUAAUGAGCAUGACAGCAUUGUUGAUAUUUUACAAAAUAUAGAAUAAAGCAAAAUGAACAGGAAAGAUGGGAUGAGACGAAACGAGUCGGAGGAAAAAAAAGUGUUCUGCCAAAAUGUGCUACACCGGCGAAACGUUCUACAAGCGGCUAACUUGACACCCAAAGUACUACCGUGCACUUUCAGCUUGUUUUGUUUAGAUGCAUACAGACAGAACAUACUAAAGGGUAGUUUGAAUAUGCUACGUAACUAAAGUGGUCAACAGAUCAACAAUCUGCUUUUACGCUACCACAUGAAAACACAAUGCUUAAAAGUAUGAGAGGGAAACACAUGCAAAAAGUAUUUUGAGGCAAUGAAACGUAAUAAAAUACUCAAUAAAAACACAAAUAGUAAGUACUCACUGCUUUACACCGAUGAGCGCAUCUGUUGGACAUCUCACCGCGUAGAAGGAAUUGCAGUAACCCAGUAGUAUUCGUCGAGUAAAAGUAACAAUCUCCGUCAUCAACCCGAGUGUCCAUUGCGCGCUUGAAACAUGGCGUUCUCCAUAGGUCAAAACAUGUACUAAAUAUGAUAGAUUUUUAAAUCAAUGGCAAUAUUUUAUGUUUCUCAUAACAUAUUUUAGUAAAAGAGAACAAUUGUGGCUUAUUAGAGCCUAUAAGUCUUUAAGUCCCAGGUUCCCUUUAAGAAUCAACUUCAACACAAUCUCAUAAAAUUAUUUUGAGUUUGUUUUUGUAAAAUCAUCGCUUUAUUCAUAUUUAAAUCACAUUUUAUACUGAGAUUAUUUUUUUUAAAAGGUUUAAUUUACCCUAUAGUCAAAUUUUAUUUCCAAACAAUGCACUUAUUUUAGGAAUUUAAAUGAGUACAUCAGUUUCCAAGAUAAUUUCUUUUAAUGACAGUUUUAUUUAAACUUUAUUAAAAACUGUGAAUUCUUCUGGUAUUAUUUCUACUUUAUUCUCCUACAUUGAAUGUUUUAUUAUGACAUAAGUAUUGCAUUAGUGCUUUAUCCAGAAUAUUUUGUGUCCUCUAAGGACGUACAUGCUACAGUCUACUUAAAAUUGCUACUUCAUACUUUGACCAUAACUAUUUUUUUUCAUAAAAGUACUUUUUCCCCAAUAUUAUGACUUCAUUUUAAUAAAAUUGUGACUUUGACUGCAAUUUUGUGGCUUCAUUAACACAAAUUUAUUUUCGCAAGUACAACUUAACACUAUAUACAUGCCCUAUUUAGUCUCACCAAUGUAUGACUUUCUCAUCAAAUUUCUAUUUUAUUUACAUUUUCCAGUAAUUCUCGGUCUUACAUGUGGCAGUAUUAGUUUUCGGUGUGGCCCCAAAACUGAUCAUUUAUCAAUCAGCACAAUGGCUUGUGAUAGUAAUCUAUUGUGUAUAGAAGCUCCAGUCAAAAUGGUGAACUAAAGUGUGUAUAUAACCAGAAUGAGAUGCCAUAAAGAAAUUCUAUACUGCUCAUUUUGUCAUUUCCAAAUACAGGUAUGUAUAGAUCUAGACAGACUGUUUUCACUUGUGUCCUUUCACCACAGGGAUGUACUGUAGACCAUAAGUGUCUUGGUGAUUAGCAUUAUUGUGACUGAGAAUUGUCAACGCACACAUUCAGUUCCUUAACGACACAAACGCAUUGUAAAAUUCCACCGUUGUAUCCUGUUGUUAUUCUUCUUAUCCUAAAUAUACCAGAAUAUGUAACAAGUCACAAAUGAUUCUUUGUGAUGUAACAAUAAUGAAGUCUAAUAAAGUCGAUAUUUACCCAUCGUA